AUGACAAGCUUGCUAUUACUUCCCAACGAGCUCACACAGCAUAUCGCAUCUUUUCUGCCCUGCUCCUCAGCCCUCAAUCUUUCAAGAGCCAAUCGACAAUUGCGAGCCGUCUGCAAUGACAAAAUAGUAUUCCGCAACAUUGCAAAGUACAACUUAGGACAGCCCCUGCUCUCCGAAAAUGGCAUAGAACUAUCGGAAACCCAUUGGGCGGAAGCCGACUCCGUCCUAGCCAAAGCGACUCUCCAAGAGACGAUCCGCAUAGCAUACGCAGCCGAGAGAUGCAUCUGGGCUCUGCUCGAGAGCGGCGACACAUGGACCUUGCGCAAAGCCAAAGGAAUCAAUUCAUAUGAACUGAGUAGAUGGCUACCGCAUAUCAUGGCUUUGCACCACCCUGUAGCUGCACAGCUUAAGCCCGAGACUUUCCUGGAGCUUCAAGGCCGCUUACAGGUUCACUUCCAAUCAGAUGAAUUCUCACCCAAUUUCCUCGAUGUCAACUUCAUCCUCAGCUACACUAUCUUGACGGAACUGCGAAGGACGCAAAACGGGAAGCAAGUCAAGGCACCCUUCGACCGCUUCUUCUCCGUGAACCACAUAAAAGAUCCACCAAUAGUGGCGAGUAACGGCGUGAGAUUGGAUGGAGAUGCGAUCAAGAGCCUUCGGCAGCGAGUGCGAGACUAUGGUGCCUUCCGCAAGAGACAUUGCGAGGGAUUCGGACUGGAUCAAGCUACGACUCUGCUCCCCACUUUAAUCCUGGAACUGGCUGUACAUGGAUCAAGUUCAUUGCACAAGACUGCACUCCCGUCACCUACCAAAAUACCCUUUAACACAUUCAUGCACUUUUUGCCGACCAUCUUCGCCAAGAAUCCAGCACCCGCUUACGAAGAUGAGGAUGACGACGUACCGUUUGGCGAGAGCCACACUCAAAUGCUCUCACCCGACUUCCUUUCCUCCGGGCGGUGGACGGGUUACUACUCGGACCAGCGAAGGGCGUUGGGAAGAAGACGCUUCGAUCCACGUAUGCACAGUAUCCAACUUGUUGCACGGGACACCGAUACACCAAAGUGGGAUGUCGGCGGCUACACCACAUAUACGAUUAUCGAUUCGCAGAGUCGAGGGGCUGACUCUGUCGGAGAGUUCUCCCUGGAAGGCCGCGUGCGACACAACGAUGGAGAUAUUUCUUUGACGAAACGAUAUCUCUCAAAAGACGUGUCAUGUGAGUGGGAAGCUCGCAUGACACCGUUUGGCAUGGUGGGUGCUUGGGGCACUGGAAGAGGUCUUGAUACGAGAUUUGGGGGGUAUUUUUGGAUCUGGAAGGAGGAAUGGCAAGAAUUGUAA